AUGAAGCUCUUCGCUCGACUCAACGUGAUUGUGCUGCUCGCAAUCUCGGCUCUGCUAUUUGUGGCAUGGAAUCUGCGUUCAUAUCAUCCGAUCACGCGAGCAAAGAAAGUCUGGAGUCGCCAGACGACCGAGAUUGUAGUGUUUGGAGACUCAUGGAGCACCAACCGCCUCGAACUGCCUACCGCGCAAGCACCAGCGCCACCCAACAAGAAGCUAUGGACANNGGUUGUUUGCGACCGCAUCUACGACCUUGCCCAAUCACUGCCCUCCCAUCCUUCUCACCGCCGUGGUCCUGUGAUCGACAACGACAUUUUCGCCAAUCUGACCAAAUCGAUGAACUUUACUGCUGGCUCUGGGAACGUUGGAGAUUUCGGGCAUCAAGUUGACGUAUAUCUCGCCCAAGACGAUGCUAGAUGGCAAGAUGACGGAGAACAAAAGGGCUCGAAGACCACCACAACCAUCUUCACCGUCUUCUUCGGUAUCUGGGAGCUCUGGGACUUUGUAGACCUACCAGAAAAGGCCGUAUUACCUGCUGUGGUCGAUUGCGUUGCUUCCAUGUUUGCGCAAUUAGACCGCCUCGUUCAAGCCAAGUCGGUCUCGUCGCUUCGUCCAACCAUUAUCAUACCCACGGUGCCGGAUCCCAGUUUCUUCCCUCGUUGGAUCAGCCAGCGUACAUCUGCCAACGGAACAGACAAGUACGGUCAGCUCCAGCGGCACGCCGUCAUUCUGACCGAUCUCUGGAACAACGUGCUUCAGAAACAGGUCGCCGUUUGGGAUAAAGCUCAUGUUGUCAUGCCCGAUUUUGAUGCUUGGAUGCUCGAGACGAUGCGCGAACCCGAGAUCGACGAAACCGACCUCACAGCAGUCUCCAAUAUCAAGAAAGAUGCCAAAUUUACCGACUUGACCCAGCCCUGUAUCAGUUACACCGCCCCCUCUAGUGGAGAUGGAAUCGAAACCCAGCCAUUUACGAUAUGCGAUGAUCCGUCGCACUUCUUGUUCUGGUAUGUCAAAGCUUGA